CUGUAUCCAGCUGGGUGGCAGGUGGAUCCAAGGGUUACCAUGAAGUUUUCAGGACCCCUGGAGAGCCAGAGGUUGUCUCUCCUUCUGGAGACGGCAAUCUCUAGGGAAGCUCAAAUGUGGAAAGCACAUGUGCCGAAAAUUCAGCCCAAUCAGGAUGUAGCCAUUUCUCCAAAGCAGAGGGAUGAGGUCAUCCAGUGGCUGGCCAAGCUCAAAUACCAGUUCCACCUUUAUCCAGAAACGCUCGCCCUGGCCAUCAGCCUUUUGGACAGGUUUUUAGCUGCAGUAAAGGCCCGUCCAAAGUACUUGAACUGUAUUGCAAUCAGCUGCUUCUUCCUUGCUGCAAAGACCAUUGAGGAAGACGAGAGGAUUCCAGUACUGAAGGUGUUGGCUCGGGAUAGCUUUUGUGGUUGUUCUCCAGCUGAAAUUCGCAGAAUGGAGAAGAUUAUCCUGGAUAAACUGAACUGGGAUCUUCACAUGGCAACGCCACUGGAUUUCCUUCAUAUUUUCCACGCAGUUGCGGUGUCCAACAGGCCUCAGCUACUGACCAUCCUGCCCAAGCUGAGUCCCUCUCAGCACGUGGCGGCGCUCACCAAGCAGCUGCUGCACUGCAUGGCCUGUUACCAGCUGCUGCAGUUCAAGGGCUCCAUGCUGGCGCUGGCCAUCGUCAGCCUGGAGCUGGAGAAGCUGCUCCCCGACUGGCUGGCUCUCAUCAUCGAGCUGCUCCAGAAGGCACAGAUGGAUAGCUCGCAGCUGAUCCACUGCCGGGAGCUUGUGGCACAUCUCCUUUCCACCCUGCAGUCUUCUCUGCUGCCCAAUUCUGUAUAUGUCUACAGUCCCCUCCAGCAUACCCUGGUGACCUGUAACAGAGGAGCGUUCAAAUGCCAGCCCUCCUCUGUCCCAGGGCCGGGUUUCUCCAAGGACAACGGCAGGCCAGAAGUGCCAGUCACAGGUACAGCCGCGCUCUACCAGCGUCUGCCAGCUCCCAGCGGUUGCAAGCAAGCCUCUGCCAAGCGUAAAGUGGAAGAGAUGGAAGUGGACGACUUCUACGACGGCAUCAAGCGUCUCUACAACGAAGACGUUGCUCCAGAGGUAGUGGCCCUCGACAACAUGGGCUCUGUUUGUGGCGCUGACGUCUCCAGGCAGGAGGGCAACGUUUCCCCUUGCCCACCGUUGCAGCCAGUGUCUGUUAUGUAGCUGUGAGUGCCCACCACCUGCUCUACCGCAGCUCCUCUAGAAACCGUGCACAACCUGGCAUCCUGUGUUCUCAGUGGGGGAAGAAGGGGCCAUACCUUGUCAGGCUGAACUGAAGGGAGCCAAAAAAAAAAAAAACAGAAAAAAAAAAUCCCAACCCUUUUUUCAAUUUUUUUUCUU